GUGCCCAUGAGUUGCAUGAGAGCUCCGACUUCAUCAAUGCUCUUACGAACGCUCAUCCUCAGGUAAUUAGAAAGAAGAAAAAACUUAUGACCAAAAUGGAGCCGCAGUUGCCAAACGACACAACACCAGAUGACCAAUUGGUCAAGCAAGAAGUUGACGAAGAGCCGGAAGAUCUCACCAAGUCUUGCUCGACUACGGGCAUGGGCCCGAAGAAGUCGUCUUUGACAGCACUCUCUAGCUUGAUUUCUAUCGAUAAAAAAAACAAGAAGCGUGUCACCUGGGCGGAUGAGAGCAAACUUCUUUCUGUUUGCUAUUUUGAACUCGAUGAUUCUGAACGCGGUAAGAGCCGAUAA